AGGAAACUACCACCGCUUUCUUUCCGCCUUAAUGAGCUGACGAUACGGCCGUAAUAGAAAGCCCAUAGAUUGUUUCGUAGCAUCCAAGAAGAGGAUAAUACUGCUUGUUCGAUCGCCAACAAAGGAUGCAGGGCAACAGAGGACCCCGUCCUGAACAGCACAAUCAUGGGCCUCCUAGACAGCAGGGCCCCCCGGCCCAUCAGAAAAGAGGAGAAGACAGCAACGGGCAGCAUGCCGAAAGCAGCAAACAGCCAAACGCAAAUUCGUCUGUGACGAUAGAUCUUCAAGCUUUCAGGAAACCGGGUGAGAAGACUUACACCCAGCGCAGCAGACUGUUUGUAGGCAAUCUACCGACGGGGGUGACGGAAGAAGAGGUGGAGAAGCUGUUUUCGAAGUAUGGCCAGCCCUCUGAGAUCUUCAUCAACAAAGACAGAGGCUUUGGCUUCAUAAGGCUGGAGACCAGAACCCUGGCUGAGAUCGCCAAAGCAGAGCUUGACGACACCCCCUUCAAGGGCAGGCAGAUUCGCGUGCGCUUUGCCACCCAGGGGUCUGCGCUCUCGGUGAAGAACCUGCCUCAGUGCAUCUCCAACGAGCUCCUGGAGGAGGCCUUCUCAAUCUUCGGCCAGGUGGAGCGGGCCAUUGUCAUAGUGGAUGACCGGGGCAGGCCCACUGGGAAAGGCAUUGUGGAGUUCACGGCGAAACCGCCGGCAAGAAAAGCUCUGGAUAGAUGUGCCGACGGUGCUUUCCUGUUGACCGCAUUUCCCAGGCCUGUAACAGUGGAGCCAUUGGAGCAGUAUGAUGAGGAGGAGGGCCUGCCAGAGAAGCUUCUCAGUAAAAACCAGCAAUAUCACAAGGAGCGGGAGCAGCCACCACGCUUUGCGCAGCCGGGGUCGUUUGAGUACGAGUACGCCAUGCGCUGGAAGGCUCUGCUGGAGAUGGAGAAGCAGCAGUUCGAUCAGGUGGACCGGAACAUCAAGGAGGCCCGGGAGAAGCUGGAGGCGGAGCUGGAGGCCGCCCAGCAUGAGCACCAGGUCAUGCUGAUGAGACAAGACCUACUGAGGCGUCAGGAGGAGCUCCGUCGGAUGGAGGAGCUGCACAGCCAGGAGGUGCAGAAGAGGAAGCAGCUGGAGCUCCGGCAGGAGGAGGAGCGGAGGAGGCGUGAGGAGGAGAUGAGGAGGCGCGAGGAGGAGAUGGCCAGGAGACAGCAGGAGGGCUUCAAGGGCAACUUCCCUGACAACAGGGAGCAGGAGAUGAGAAUGCACAUGGCAGGUCAGGGGAUGGGCAUGAAUCGGAACCCAAUGGCGGGGCCCCCUUUGCCUGGUGGACCUGGGAACAUGCCACCUGAUGCCAAGCCCAUGAUGCAGCAGCCGCCGCAGCAGCACGAGCGUUUCCCCAUGGAGGGUGCGGGAAACAGCGGCAUGCCCGGACCACAGCCCGGCUUCCCCAGGGGCCCCCCGGGGCCAGCCGACUUUGGACCCAACAAGCGCCGCAGAUUCUGAGGAACAUCCCUUGUUCUCUUAAUUUUUUUCGAAACCUUUUUAUAGACUGCUGCUGUACGAUAUUUUUAAUUUCAUAUUAUGGAGGAUGCCUUCUGUGCAGUUUUUUAUGGAUAACUUUUAAAAAAAAUGUGCUGAGAACCUGUUCCUCUGGGUUGUACCCCUCUUAUGUGGGUUUGACAGUGUAGAAGUUCAGCCCUGCAUACAUCAUGUUUCUGAUCUUUUUGCCCCUUGUAGUGAGCUUUUUGUACCCCUCCACCUUGCAUUGUACAGUGAUAGUUUGAUACUUUGAGACAUGAGAAAAUAA